AUGAAGUUCAUGGCGGGAGAGCAAGUACUGGCAAAGCCACCAAAUAUUGACGAAUUUCAAAAGGGAAAAAUUUUAAUGGCCAGGGGGGAUAAGUAUGUUAUACAAUUUGAGGGCGGUAAAGAGCAUACUGUACUUGAAAAUAAUAUCCAGCCUGAAAGAGCGUCGAGGAGCACGGCGAGAACUAUCAAAGGAAAAUUGUACAAGAGUCCGCUGAGAAAAUCUCCAGGGCGCAAAUCGCCGAGCAGGAGGUCUCCUAGUAGAAGAUCUCCGGGUCGCAGGUCGCCUGGUAGAUCACCUGGAAGACCUAAGCGCCUUAUUAAGAUUACUUCCAAGCAGUCAGAUGACGAAAAAAGUUUUAAAACAGACUCUCAAAGUACAAUGAGCGAAUCUGACGAUGUAGCUGAGUUGAUACCCCUGCAAUCUCGACUGAAAGAUCAGUCAGCUCCAACAGCAACAAGACGAUCGGUUAGAAUCCUCAAUAAUAUGUUGAAAGAUUCUUCAGUAAGCCUACGAGGCAUCGAUCGUGCAGUGUCAUUACCUGUUGAACGUAAAACAAUCAUGUACGACUACCUGUCUGAUGCUAAAGAACGUGGAUUUUCCGUUCAACGUGAGCCUGACAUUCAAAAAUUAUAUUACGAAGAAGAAGUUCUCCCCGACUCAUCAACAACCGAAAAGACAAAAAAGAAAGAAAAAGAGCAAGAAAAAUCCCUCAAAAUCGAGCUUGUAAGCAAACCCCAGGAAUGGCUUGGCUGGAUUGGAGCAACCUGCCUGACAAUUUUGCUGCCUUGCGCGAUAAUCCUCCCCCAAAUCAGUUGCCAAAACAACAAAUGCCAGCUGCCGGAUUUAAAAUUCUCAACCAAGCUGCAGAGUUACUUCAACUUGUCCUCUGCACUAGCCUACAUCAGUUUUCUGCUGGUCGUAGCUUUGACGUCGCUUCUGCCCUUGGGAAGAGUGGUUGACGGGAUGCAGAUGCGGAGCGGAAAGCUGCAGUACAGAUUGAACGGAGCUUACACGCUGUUGCUGGUCCUGGUGUCUUACAAAACCGCGGAGAUCUUCGGGAUUGACGUUACGAACUUCAUCAUAGACAAUCUGCUCCGGUUCUCAGUCCUGUCCUGGAUCACGGGUACGAUUUUAUCAAUAGCCCUCUUCAUCAAGGGCGGAAGGAUUCCUGUGUCCACUGCUAACAUCUACGGGUCCACUAAUAAUUUCAUCUACGAUUUCUGGCAAGGCCGUGAGAUCAACCCGCGGGUGCUCAAACUGGACAUCAAAAUGAUUUUGAGUCGCGUUAGUAUCAUUGGAACCUUGGUGAUCAUCAUUGCGGUGAUGAUGAAGAGCUCUGAAGAUGUUGACUUUGGUGGGCUUAGCAAUUUCACAGACCUCGCGGCUUUGAAAGCUUUCUUGGACUUGAACCCGACGAUCAUGACUGUUGGCUUGAUGCAAGUUUUUUACUGUCUUGAUUAUUUCUACUUUGAAGACGCAACUUUGACCAGCUUCAGAGUUCUUUAUGAAGGUACUGGGUAUAUGACCUGCGUUGCUGGAUUGAUGUAUCCAUUUUUGAUUACUUUGGGACCAAGAUAUUUAUUAGCGCAGGAAGUACAUCCAAAUUACCUUGGAGACAUUCUUAUGAACUGGGCCAUGGUCCUGGUAACCCUGAACAAUGACCUCGUACUUUACUGGUCGGCACUAUGCUGCACCCUGGUCCUCGCCCAUCGCGCGCUUCGCGACAACUCGCGAUGUCAUAAGCGGUACGGCGCGGCCUGGGAAAAUUACUGUUUACGUGUUAGAUCACUUAUAUUUAAGCGUAUUUUUUAA